AUUUUCAAUUCCAUGGUUGAAUCUAGCCCCCUAAGGAGCCCUGAGAAGGGGGAGAAGGAGAGAAAGAAAUCAAGGUCAAACAGCAGAAAUAAGGCCAAAUCAAGCUCCAAGUCGAGAUCUCGCUCACGUUCCAGAUCCCGAUCUAGAUCCCGCUCCCGCCGUCGAUCUCGUUCCAGGAAACGAUCUGGACGAAGUCGAUCUCGAAGCCGAUCUCGUCGAUCAAGAUCCAGAUCUCGUUCUCGAGGAAGGAGGAGGUCUAGAAGUAGGUCUGGUUCUUUGGACCUCGAAGGACAUCGUCUCCAUGUAGCAGAUUUAGACAACUCAGCGUCUAAACGAGACGUGGAAAAGGUGUUUGAGAAGUAUGGAAAGCUAGUUGAGGUGUGGAUGGCAAGAUCUGUGCCUUGCUUUGCUUUUGUGGUUUUUAAGCGUAAAGAAGAUGCAUACGAAGCUUGUCGGAGUGCAGAUGGUUUGGAGAUAUGCGGGAGAUCUGUUCGUGUGACAGUAGCCCGGCCCCGAGCUCGACGUGGAGGAGGGGGAGGUGGUGGAGGAGGGGGUUCCUUUGGUUCAAGAAGAGGUGGAUUUGACCCAGAUCUGCGAUGUUAUCAAUGUGGUAAUCGUGGACAUUUCUCCCGAGAUUGUCCGGACACAAUGUUUGGUUACAAGCAGCUGGAUACAGAGCUCCGCCAGCCGGAGCCCGCCGCUCUCGGAGCCGGAGCCGUAGACGAUCCCGUUCCAGAUCCAGGAGGCGUAGGAGUAGGAGCAGGAGUUAGUGGUUGA